AUGUUUGGGCUCAAGCUGAAGAAGAAGAAGAAAGCAGAAAAGGGGUUAAUCCUAGCCAAUAAGGCUGUUCAAGAUGGCCAGAGUGAAGCAGAGGCACCACAGGAGGGGCCUUCUCACCAGGAAGGACCAGGAGGAGAUUUUAUUCAUGAUCAUGAAUCUGUCUCUCCUAUCCCUUCAACUCCUCCAAAGAGAAGAUCAAAACUGUUGACUAAGAUCCAUGAUGGGGAGAUCAGGUCCCAAAACUAUCAAAUUGCCAUCACCAUCACUGAGGCCCGCCAGCUGGUGGGUGAGAACCUUGAUCCAGUUGUGAUCAUUGAGGUCGGGGAUGAGAAGAAGCAAAGCACAGUGAAGGAAGGAACCAACAGCCCGUUUUACAAUGAAUACUUUGUCUUUGACUUCAUUGGACCCCAACUGCAUCUUUUUGACAAGAUCAUCAAAAUCUCAGUUUUUCACCACAAGCUGAUAGGCAGCAUCCUGAUUGGCUCCUUCAAAGUAGACCUGGGGACUGUGUACAACCAGCCUGGUCAUCAGUUCUGUGACAAGUGGGCGCUGCUCACAGACCCUGGCGACAUCAGGACUGGCACGAAGGGGUACCUGAAGUGUGACAUCAGUGUGACCGGGAAAGGCGACGUCUUGAAGACCAACCCCAAAACCUCUGAUGCCGAGGAGCAAAUAGAAAAGAACCUUUUGAUCCCUCAAGGGUUUCCAUCAGAGAGACCCUGGGCCAGAUUCUAUGUGAGACUCUACAAAGCAGAGGGGUUGCCCAAAAUGAACUCCAGCAUCGUGGCGAAUGUCACUAAAGCAUUUGUGGGUGACAAUAAGGACCUCGUGGACCCCUUUGUGGAGGUCUCCUUUGCUGGGCAGAUGGGGCGAACCACAGUGCAGAAGAACUGUGCCAAUCCUGUGUGGCACGAACAGGUGGUCUUCAAGGAAAUGUUCCCUCCUUUGUGUCGGAGGGUGAAAAUCCAGGUGUGGGACGAAGGCAGCGUGAAUGAUGUAGCGCUGGCCACCCAUUUCAUCGACCUAAAGAAAAUCUCCAACGAACAGGAUGGAGAUAAAGGCUUUCUACCAACCUUCGGACCUGCCUGGAUUAACCUGUACGGUUCCCCCAGGAACCACAGCCUGAUGGACGACUACCAGGAACUGAAUGAAGGUUUUGGAGAAGGCGUGUCAUUCAGGGGCAGAAUCUUGGUGGAAAUUGCUGUGGAGAUCCUCUCGGGAGGGGCACAGGAAUCUAAAUUUUCCAAGGCACUCAAGGAGCUCAAAUUGUCUUCAAAGGACAAAGACUCCAAAUCUUCCAAAGGCUCCAGUAAAGACAAGGGUGACAAAACCAAUGAUGGAAAAUCCCAGCAGGUGUCAGACAAGACCAACUCAACAGAGGUAGAGGUGGAACCUUUCGAUGUUCCCCCCGAGAUUAUACCAGAAAAAUAUGAGGAAUUUUUACUUUUUGGAGCAUUUUUUGAAGCUACCAUGAUUGACCGGAAGAUUGGCGAUAAACCCAUUAGCUUUGAAGUUUCUAUCGGUAAUUUUGGGAAUCUGCUUGAUGGAGGGUCCCAUUAUGGGAGUAAGAAGUCAGCUCAAUCAGCUGAAGAGGACAGCCUCCCACUCCUGCAUGAAGGAGAAGGGGAUGCAGCCCACAAUGUUGUCAUCCCUACGGUCUCUACCACUCACCCAGAGAAGCCACUUGUGACAGAGGGAAACAGGAAUUACAACUAUUUGCCUUUCGAGGCCAAGAAGCCCUGUGUCUAUUUCAUCAGUGCUUGGGGAGACCAGAUAUUUAGGCUGCACUGGUCCAACAUGCUGGAGAAAAUGGCGGACCUGCUGGAAGAAAGCAUAGAAGAAGUGAGAGAAUUGAUCAAGAUUUCAGAGAAAGCAUCAGAAGAGAAAAUGAAGUCGGUGCUCUGUGACUUCAUCAGUCAAAGCAGUGUCUUUAUCUCUGAAGCAGAGAAGAAACCCAAGAUGUUGAACCAAACCACCUUAGAUAAGAAACGACUUACGCUCUGUUGGCAGGAGCUGGAAGCAAUGGCCGGGGAGGCCAAGGGGAUCAUUCAGCAGCAGAAGAAAAAGUUCUCUCUUGAUGAAAUGAUCCAUGAAGCAGAAAACUUUGUGGAAAAAAUCCGCUUCCUUGUCGAUGAGCCACAGCACACCAUCCCCGACGUCUUCAUCUGGAUGCUUAGCAACAACAAGAAAGUGGCAUAUGCCCGCAUCGCCUCCAAAGACCUGCUCUAUUCCCCCAUCAGGGAGCAGAUGGGCAAACACUGUGGGAAGAUCAAAACUCAUUUCCUCAAACUUCCUGGAAAACGGCCGGCUGGUUGGUCAGUGCAAGCGAAAGUUGACGUGUACCUGUGGCUGGGCUCCACCAGACACUCCAGUGCCGUGUUGGACAACUUGCCAGUAGGCUAUGAAGCAGAAAUAUCCUCCGAAGUGGCCGGCGCUGAUCAACCCCCAGCCAACCUGCUCUACCAAGCCCGGCAUGUCUUUCAGCUGAGAGCGCACAUGUACCAAGCCCGGGGCCUCAUUGCAGCCGAUAGCAGUGGACUCUCAGACCCCUUUGCCAAGGUCACGUUCCUUUCUCACUGCCAGACCACAAAGGUCAUUUCCCAGACCCUCUCCCCCACCUGGAACCAGAUGCUGCUAUUCAAUGACCUGGUGCUGCACGGGGACCAGAAAGAGCUGGUGGAGUCCCCGCCUUCGGUGGUGGUGGAGCUAUAUGACAGUGACGCGGUGGGGAAGCCAGAGUAUUUGGGUGCCACCGUGGCUGCUCCUGUUGUGAAGCUAGCUGACCAGGAGUAUGAGCCACCCGGGCUCUGCUAUCACCCCAUCUUUUGUGGGAGCCUCUCCGGAGGGGACCUCCUCGCUGUAUUUGAACUGCUGCAGGUCCCAUCAUCUGGGCUGCAAGGGCUCCCUCCCAUUGACUCACCGGAUGUUGCCCAGAUCUACCCAGUUCCCGCCAACAUUCGGCCAGUGCUGAGUAAAUACCGAGUGGAGGUCCUCUUCUGGGGAGUCCGAGAAAUGAAGAAGGUGCAGCUGCUCUCCGUGGAUCGCCCUCAGGUCCUCAUCGAGUGUGGGGGACGAGGAGUCAAGUCCUGUGUGAUCCAGAGCUACAAGAACAACCCGAACUUCAGCGUCCAGGCAGACGCUUUCGAAGUGGAGCUGCCUGAGAAUGAGCUUCUGCACCCACCCCUGAGCAUCUGCGUGGUGGACUGGCGAGCUUUCGGGAGGAGCACCCUGGUGGGCACCUACACCAUCAACUGUUUGAAGCAGUUUUUGUGUAAAUCCAAGGAGCCCCCAGCCCUCACCUCCCAGGUGGACGGAACCCAAGCUGAGCAAGCUCUUUCAGAUCCAGAUGAGCCCUCUGGAUCCCUCGGUUUCCCCCAGGAGCUUCCAACAGAUCACAUCUAUGUGGAUAUUGAGCCACCUCCCACAGUGGUACCCGACUCUGCCCAGAAUCAACUAAGCAGCGUGGUUGAAAUCCCUGACUCAUCUCCUGUGCUUGAGCCCAAACCCAAACCGGCAGCCCAGGAGCCACCCAAAGAUAGUAAAGCUAAGGAUGCCAGGAAACCUUCUCGAAGGUCAACCAAAAAGAGAAAGAGGACCAUAGUGGAUGAAUCUGCUGAAAACGUCAUUGACUGGUGGUCCAAAUAUUAUGCCUCCCUGAAGAAAGCACAGAAGGAAAAGGAGAGCAAUCCCAAGGAGAAAAGAGGCAAUGCAGAGGCAAAACCAGAUGAGGUAGUAGUAAAUAUAAAAGAUGGGCCAAAGAAGAAGAAGGACAAGAUGCUCAAGAAGAAACCCAAAGAAGAUGAAAUCCCCAACCUGGCUGUCUUGCAGAUAUAUGAUGGUGAACUUGAGAGUGAAUUCAAUCAUUUUGAAGACUGGUUGAAAACCUUUGAGCUCUUCAGAGGCAAGUCUACAGAGGAUGACCAUGGCCUCGAUGGGGACCGAGUCAUAGGGAAGUUUAAGGGCUCCUUCUGCAUUUACAAGAGCCCCAAGGAUUCCAGCAUUGAGGACGGUGGGCAGCUGAGAAUCCAGCAAGGGGUUCCACCCAACCAUCCCAUCAAAGUCCUGAUCAGGGUGUACAUUGUUGCGGCAUUUCAUCUCAGCCCCGCUGAUCCGGAUGGCAAAGCAGAUCCCUACAUUGUAGUCAAGCUUGGCCAAACAGAAAUCAAAGACCGGGACAAAUACAUCCCUAAACAACUGAACCCAGUAUUUGGAAGGUCAUUUGAGAUUCAGGCCACAUUCCCAAAGGACUCCCUGCUCUCCAUCCUGAUCUACGACCAUGACCUGAUCGGGACAGAUGACCUCAUUGGGGAGACCAGGAUCGACCUGGAGAACCGUUUCUACAGCAGACACCGAGCUAUCUGUGGCUUGCAGAGCCAGUACGAGAUAGAAGGAUACAACGCCUGGAGAGACACAUCCAAACCCACUGAAAUCCUCACAAAGCUCUGCAAAGACAACAAGCUGGAUGGACCCUACUUUCAUCCUGGGAAAAUACAGAUAGGAAAUCAGGUCUUUUCUGGAAAAACAGUCUUCACGGAGGAGGACUCGGAUGAGACAGUGGAGUCUUACGAGCACCUGGCCCUCAGGGUUUUACAGUCAUGGGAGGAUAUACCAGAGGUUGGGUGUAAGCUGGUUCCUGAGCACAUAGAAACUCGGCCGCUGUACCACAAGGAUAAGCCAGGGAUGGAGCAGGGCCGCCUGCAGAUGUGGGUGGACAUGUUUCCCAAAGAUAUGCCUCCACCUGGACCUCCUGUUGACAUUUCACCAAGGCAGCCUAAAGGGUAUGAAUUGAGAGUAACCAUCUGGAACACUGAAGAUGUCAUUUUAGAGGAUGAGAAUAUCUUCACAGGACAAAAAUCAAGUGAUAUUUACGUUAAAGGGUGGAUGAAGGGUCUGGAGGAUGACAAGCAGGAGACCGAUGUGCACUACAACUCCCUGACUGGCGAGGGGAACUUCAACUGGCGCUUCCUGUUUCCCUUUCAGUAUCUCCCAGCUGAGAAGCAAAUGGUCAUCACCAAGAGGGAGAACAUCUUUUCCUUGGAGAAGAUGGAGUGUAAGACACCAGCCGUGUUGGUACUCCAGGUCUGGGAUUUUGAAAGGCUGUCUUCGGAUGACUUUCUGGGCUCCCUGGAAAUGAACCUCAAUAGUUUCCCCCGAGCAGCCAAGUCUGCCAAAGCCUGCGAUCUCACCAAGUUUGAAAAUGCAAGCGAGGAGAACAAGAUCUCCAUAUUCCAGCAAAAGCGUGUGCGGGGCUGGUGGCCUUUUACUAAAAGCAAGGAACUCACAGGCAAGGUUGAAGCUGAGUUCCACUUAGUGACAGCAGAAGAAGCAGAGAAAAAUCCUGUCGGAAAAGCCCGGAAGGAGCCAGAGCCCCUGGCCAAGCCCAACCGCCCAGACACCUCCUUCUCCUGGUUUGUGAGCCCCUUCAAAUGCCUAUACCACCUCAUCUGGAAGAAUUACAAAAAAUACAUCAUCAUCGGUUUCAUUCUGAUCAUCCUCAUCAUCUUCCUGGUCCUCUUCAUCUAUACCUUGCCUGGAGCCAUUAGCCAAAAGAUCGUCCGGGGCUCCUAGAGAAUCAUGGAGGACCGGGCCCCUCCCGUUCCCACUAAUCCUCUCUUCUUCCUCAUCUCUAAUAUGGAAGAGCAGAUGCUCUGUGUAGGCACUGUGUUGGGUGCUAAGAAGAGGAACACAAAGGGCCCAAGAACCAGUCCCUCUGUCUAAGGACAGAUCAGCUCUUCUUGGAGGAAAGGGGAAAGGAGCCUCCCCUCCCUGCUCCAACCCCUGCCACCACUUUUCACACUCACAAGCUUUAAGCCAUGUUUUCGCCAACGGACAGCAUGACAUGAUGACUCCUUUGCCUCAGAGUAAUCAAUGGUGACCUCAGAUUGACUUAGGUGAAUGUUUUCUUUAUAAUUGGUUUUAUUCUUAGAGGUCUAAUUCUGGGUCUGAGAUUUAUUGGAAGUGCUUUCUUUUAAAUAAAAAUUUUACAGCAAAUAAACUGAAAGCAUUUUUAGCAAAUUACUAGACAUUCAA